CGGGGUCGGUUCCUAACGGCCCCUCUGUGUGCGUGUGUCUGUGCUUGUGGGCGAACGAGACGGACAGAAGUCGUGGGACUUCUCCCUUGGAGCUUCUGUGCCGAGAAUCCGAUGUUGGGCUCGGCUCCCUGGCUGAAUACAGCACAUCAGCCCAUGAAAACUUCCAUUCCUAGCCAAAGGAAGGAGUCCAGCAAAAGGCAGCACCUACUCUUUCAGGCUUGGAAGCAAGAAAGGGGGCAAGAGUUGGAGAGCGUGGAAUCUGAGAAGACAACUGAAAGGUGACAUUUAAGUUGAAGAUGGGUGGUGGAGAAAGAUUCAACAUUCCAGUUCCCCAAUCCAGAAAUUCCACCAAGAACCAUCAACAACUUAAAAACAGGCAGAAGAAUAAAGACCAGAAUUCGCAGAUGAAGACCUACAUGAAGAAAGAAAGAGGACAUGGAUGCAACUCGUCAUCUGGCGCAUGGCAGGCCAUGCAAAAAGGGGGGAAGAACAAUGUUCAUUUCCCCAAUAAUCAAAAUUGGAGUCCUACUUUAUCGAAUCGCAACCUGUUUUUCACACCUCAAACCAAUCAGAACUAUGCUGGAGCAAAAUUUAGCGAGCCACCCUCACCAAGUGUUCUUCCUAAGCCACCAAGCCACUGGGUACCUGUUUCUUUUAAACCUUCCGAUAAAGAAAUGAUGACAUUUCAGCUUAAAACAUUACUUAAAGUCCAGGCUUGA